AGGGAAGGGGUGGGUCCUGUGACGUCAGCGAGUCCGAACGGACGGACAGAAGCAAGGGGCCGGGGGCACGAAGCCGGGAGAGUCGAGUCCCUGAGAUCAGUGCCGGGAGAACAGAGCUCAGCGGGAUCCGGCCAGGAGCCGGAGCCCCUCGGGCACCUGCUCGCCCGCCCAGCCGAUCGGCGUACGCAGAGUGGCCCACAGGCCCCCGCCCGGGCCCACUCCCACCCCGGGCCCCCCAUGGCCCGGGCCGCAGCCCUCCCGCCGUCGAGAUCGUUGCCGACACUGCCGUUGCUGCCGUUGCUGCUAAUGCUGCUCCCAGAAACCGGAGCCCAGGAUGCACGAGUUCAAAUGCCACCUGAGGUACGGGGCCGCCUGGGGGACACUGUGGAGCUGCCAUGCCACCUACUGUCUCAAGGACCUAAAGGCAAUGUCUCACAGGUGACAUGGCAACGCCUGGACCCACCUAAGGAGGGCCAGAGUGUGGCUGCCUUUCACCCUUCCCAUGGUCUCAGCUUCCCCAGCCCACAGUUUAGCAAGGAUCGGCUGUCCUUCCUCACCAUGGGACAGAGCCCUGGGGCUAGGCAAGGCCCGGAGAUGGAGAUGCGGGAUGCCACGCUGGUCCUCCGGCGGCUGACUGUGGAGGAUGAGGGCAACUACUCCUGCGAGUUUGCCACCUUCCCCCAGGGCACCAGUCGUGGGGUGACCUGGCUCAGAGCCAUAGCCCAGCCCGAGAACCACGCUGAAAAACAGGAGGUCACACUCAGCCAGGAGCCUGUGCCCGUGGCCCGCUGUGUCUCCACGGGGGGACGCCCACCCGCUCUAAUCUCCUGGUUCUCGCCCCUGGAGGGGAAGGCCAGCGAGACCCAGGUGUCAGGGCCCCAGCCGGGCACAGUCACCGUCACCAGCCGCUACACGUUGGUACCCUCGGGCCAAGCAGAUGGUGUCAAGAUCACCUGCAAAGUGGAGCAUGAAACCUUCAAGCAGCCAGUCCUGAUGCCUGUGACCCUGUCUGUGCGCUACCCCCCUGAGGUCUCCAUCUCUGGCUACGAUGACAACUGGUAUCUCGGCCGUAGUGAGGCCACCCUGAGCUGUGAUGCCCGCAGCAACCCAGAGCCCACAGACUAUGCGUGGAGCACGACUUUGGGCGUCUUACCAGCUUCAGCAAUAGCCCAGGGCCCCCAGCUCAUCAUCCACGUGGUGGACAGGCUGGUCAAUACCACCUUUAUCUGCACCGUCACCAAUGCCGUGGGCACAGGCCGCGCUGAGCAGGUGGUCCUCGUCCGAGAGACCCCCAACACAGCAGGCGCAGGGGCCACGGGUGGCAUCAUCGGGGGCAUCAUCGCGGCCAUCAUCGCUACCGCGGUGGCUGCCACAGGCAUCCUCAUCUGCCGGCAGCAGCGGAAGGAGCAGAGGCUGCAGGGGGCAGAGGAGGAGGAUGACCUGGAGGGGCCUCCCUCGUACAAGCCGCCGACCCCAAAGGCAAAGAUGGAGGAGCCUGAGAUGCCCUCCCAGCUCUUCACUCUAGGGGCCUCGGAGCACAGCCCACUUAAGACCCCCUACUUCGAUCCUGGCGUCUCAUGCACUGAGCAGGAAGUGCCUCGGUACCAUGAGCUGCCCACCUUGGAAGAGCGGUCGGGGCCCCUGCUCCUGGGGGCCACAAGCCUGGGCUCCCCCAUCCUGGUGCCUCCAAGGCUGCCUGUUGUGGAGAGGCUUUCCCUAGACCUAGAGGAUGAGGAAGAGGAGGAGGAAGACUACUUGGACAAGAUCAACCCCAUCUAUGACGCCCUGUCCUACUCCAGCCCCUCUGAUUCCUACCAGAGCAAAGGUUUUGUCAUGUCCCGGGCCAUGUAUGUGUGAGCUGCCAUGGCUCUGGCCUCAAGCCUCUCCCUCUUUGAUCCAUCAACUUUCUGCCAGGGAUUUAGUGCCUCCUGACCUCUGGCCAGGCCACUAUCAAUUAACACACCUCUCACCUGUGCUUCUGCCUUGGUGGCACCACUAUGACCUCUACCCAUGAUCUCUGAUCCAGAAAAAUUGGCCAUGACAAUGGAAACCUGGUAACCUUAUCUCAAGUGGGGGUGGGGGUGGGGGAUAUGUUUCUGCACAACCUCUGACCCAAAGACUGACUUUAGUUCAUACCUCUCAUAUCCCACCAUCUCCAGUCUCCCUGCAAAUUCCAAAGAAGACCCCAGAUCUCUGAUUUGUCCUCAGGCAGUAAACUCCCAAUAGCUCUGCUGUUUGGGGGCACCCUGCUGCUCAGACCUGAGCCCUCUAGGUGGCAGAGCCCCACUUGCCCCCUCUCCACCCUGUCUGUUCCCCAAAAGCAGGAGGGAGAGGAUUCCACAGCCCAAGGCAGAGCUUCCCCAUCUCCCUCCUGCAGGCAGGAGUCUCAGGGUCCAGACCCUUCCCUGAGCCCCCAUUUUCCCAAUUCCUGGAAUUAAGUCCCAGCCCAGGGCUAGAUGGGGUAAGCAUCAUGCAGAGUGUGCCUCAUGGCCCCCAGCCUUGAGAGAACUUCCUGUUAGUCUGAAGACUACUUAAGUCCUUGUACUCCUGCUCAGUGGGAUGGGACCCAAACAUCUCCCUGCAGAAGAAAGAGGGUCACCUUGGUUGGGGGUGGGGAUCUGCUACUGUUUUGUAAUAUGGCCUUUCCUACAAAAUAUGAAUUUAUACUUUGA